GCCCAGCCUGGCCCGAAUUUCCUCACCAGAAUUGCCCGAGCCCGAGCCCGCGUCUUCUUCUUCUUCCUCCUCCUCCGUCCUGGUCCAUCGACUUUCUAUCUGCUGACUGCUUUGAUUGAUUUUGGUUAUGAUAUCAUUGUCUCCGGCUACCACGUUGCCGUCCGGUAGCUCCCAUGACGAUGUCGGACGACGAGAACGAGAGCCUCGCACAUUUCCUCGAGUCCGAGGUGCUCUCUGAGAUGUCGGAUCAGGAGGAGCCCGACCCUGAUGAGCCGGAAGCCAAAAGGCCUUGCUUUGAAGAAGAGGGAGACCGGAGGAACGAUGACAACGACGAUGGAGACAACCAAGUCGGCAGCAGCAGCAGCAGCAGCAGCAGAAGCGCAGCGCCGUUGAGGGUUGAGAGCGGAAAUAUCGGCAGAAUCCCUCCGGAGCUCUUCCCUCACAUCCUCAAGUUUCUCUCUUGCGAGGAUCUGGUGUCGUGCUCGCUGGCGUGCAGAUGUCUGAAUUUCGCUGCAUCCGAUGAAUCCUUGUGGCGUCGCCUCUACUGCAUGCGUUGGGGUCUUUUGCCUCUUACAAAUACCCCUCGACAAUGUCCAUGGAAGAAGCUCUAUGUUCAGCGUGAUGGGGAGGACAUGGUUGGACUCCUCAAGAAUUGCCAGCCCGAGUUCAAAGGUUAUUACAUGCAAAUGCAAGCAGCAAAGAGAAGCCAGGCACCCCUUCCUUCUCAGGUGAAGGAUGAUCGAAUACUUUUUGACAAGACGGUUGCAGACCAAGUUUCUAUCUGGAAAAGGAACAACGGUUUCACUGAUAAGGUCAUACUUGACCAUGCCUGUUCCGGUGAAACUUGUUCUUACUACCGGAUUGGAGAUGCUUUUGUUUGUGAGGAGACUGGGAAUGUUCAUGUCUGUGAUGAUACGUGCAGAGAAGUCGAUAUGGACCCUACCAAUGAACUGUUGGUGUGCAAGAUAUCAGGGCAUUGUUUCGAUAGGAUGUUGUCACCCUCUGAAAUGGAACCGGACGCUGAUCAGCAAGGGGGGGCAGCGACAGAUGAAGCUGAACCAUUCAUGGGGUCUGGUCGAUUCGCGCGGGCUUAUUUGUUAGGAUACAAUUGUGCCGACGAGAAGGAGUUGGAAGAUGCUUUGAGGUUCUGCUGAUUCCUGAAGUUUGCUGUUGUAUCAAUGUUCUCAGAGAAUAUGCACAAACUCUAUAAUCCUUGCUUACGAAGUGAAUAUUUAGUAGUCAAUUUGUUUUACCGAGCAACUAUUUUUAAUUUUGAUUUUAAGAAGUGAUGAAAUCUGUCAAAUCACAAUAGCUCUGCCCUAUUGCUCCACUAUCCUUCUGCACUACUAGACACACUAGCUUAGCUUAGCAUUGAUUUUAUCUCCUUUUUUUUUAUAAAGGAAAAAUAAAUUGACUACUGA